AUGAUCUUGUCAUUUGAACAAGAGGAAAAUAUUUGGCAAGGACUUGUAUUUCGUGGUCAUGAUGAAUCCUAUGAUUCAAGCAACCAAGAGAAUUUUCUCGAGCUUCUACAAUUUCUUGCUAAUCAUAAUAAAGAUUACAACGUUGUUGCUUUCAAGAAUGCUCUUGAUAAUCUCAAAUUGACAUCACCUGAGAUUCAAAAAGACAUUGUAAGUGUUGCUUCAAAUGAAACCAAUGGACUUGUUAUAGAGCAUUUUCUAGGUGUUGAACACGUUACUAGUACCACAACUCUCUCACUCAAGGCAACACUAGAUAAUUUCUUUUCAAGGCAUGGGUUGAGUUUUUCUAGACUACUAGGACAAGGUUAUGAUGGAGCUAGUAAUAUGCAAGGAGAAUUUAAUGGUUUGAAGACAUUGGUUUUGAAAGAUAAUAGAUGUGCUUAUUAUAUUCAUUGUUUUGCCCAUCAACUCCAGUUGGAUCUUGCGGCGUUGGCAAAGAACCAUGAUAAUGUUAAUGAUCUUUUUAAUAUCGUGGCGAUUGUGGUUAAUAUUGUCGGUGCUUCGUCUAAGCGUUGCGAUCUUCUUAGAGAUAAGCAAGCUUGUAAAGUUUUGAAGCUAUUUCUAAUGGUGAACUUUCAAGUGGAAAAUGUCUCAAUCAAGAGACUAAUCUACAACGUGCCAGUGAUACGCGUUGGGGCUUGCAUUAUGGUACGUUAA